GAGGACAAGGCCACAACCUUCUGGUUUUCCUAAUGGCAUCUCCCUCCAGUAGGGCUGAGGCAUGGGCGGAGUUUGGUGAAACUAAAACACCGACAGGCAACAUCCUGUGAGUAUGUGCAGCCUCAGAAGGAUAGACUGCAAUAGCUAGAAGCCUAAGUACAGCUUAAAAUCUUUGGCAAGAUGAUCAAAUCCUUCAAGCAAACGUUUCUGUCCCUGGACCUGCAGUCCCCUCGGUGGACCUCAGCAGAGACGAUGGCAAAGGAUUAUGAACUGCGUCAGUACGAGACGGCAAAGUGGGUCAGCACGGUCAUUAGGGGAGAAACACAGAAGGAGGCGAUGCGCCAAGGCUUCUGGAAACUCUUUCACUACAUCCAAGGGAAGAAUGAGAAAGAAAUGAAGAUUGAUAUGACCGUACCUGUGACCUGCCUGAUAAAAUCUGCCUGCACAGACUUCAAGAUCUCUUUCUUUGUGCCAUUUGAACACCAGGACUCCCCACCCCAGCCCACCGACUCAGAUGUGUUUAUUGAAGAGCGGAAAGCAGCAGCCAUCUUUGUCCGGUCCUUUGGUGGAUUUGCCUCCCCAGAGAAAUAUGCUGAGGAAGCUGAAGUCUUGGCCAGAAUCUUAAGAAACAGAGGCCAACCAUUCCAUGAAGACUUCUUCUAUACUGCAGGCUAUGACAGUCCCUUCAAGCUCUUUAACAGGCACAAUGAAGUGUGGUAUUUUAAGAAGUAAUAUGGUGGUGGUGGGGAAUAUUAAGAGGCUACUAAUCAGCUCUGGAUGGAAGCAGACCUUAUUAAUGGCUUUUGCUUUAGUGCAGAAGAGAUUUAAUUUGCACGUGGACACAGGAUCAUGUCUAAUUUGUUUUCUCUAGGAUGGAAUACUAUUCCGGCUAAAAAGAUUUCAGCUCUUUCUACAAGACAUAAUUUAAAUUCAAGUCAACAGUACCAGCUGGAGUGGGAGGGGGAUAUGGCAAACCUAUUCCUCUUAAUGAAAGGUUCUAAGGAACACUUAAUAAUCUGAAAAUAUUCCUGCAAAACAGUUUGGAUGUCUAGUUUUACUUCUCAUUAGAAGUGCCACAGCAAUAGCUCAAGUGUUGUGGAGAAUGAGUUCUUCAUAGAGCUGACUUUCCCCAUACUGAUAUCACUCCUGAGACAGAAAAAUGAGGGAAAUUCAAUUUUUUCAGAGGAGAAGCCUACCAUUAAUGAAUUUUGGGAAGCAGCAACACUUUAGCAGGUCCUAGUGCCUCAUAAGCAGUAACAUUUUUCUUUAAAUAGUAUUCAUAAAAUCCCCCACCUCUCUGCUCUAUUAUUUUUUUUCUUUCCCUCAUGGAAGGUGGAUGCUGUGUUGCUCCAGACUAAUGCCAGUGACCAGACUAGACCAAGAGUCCAUUGGAAAAGGGUUAACAGUGUCCAAAGCUGUAUGAUUAUUAUGCGUAUAUCACCCACGCCUGAACACACAAUACCAGACUUACUGCUGGUCUGUAAUUUUAGGGGCAAAUACACAAGCAUUAGUGUUUAGCUCUCACCUACAAAACACUAAUUAUACUUCAGUUACUUAGCUUUGUCCAAAUGCUGGUAUUGGUCAGGUCAACUGCAGUCUGCAUACUAGCAAUACCAGACACUUAAGUCUUCUGCAGGACUACCAUUUAAACUACUUUAGUCCCUGCUCUUCCAAGUAUUUGAAGCUUUUAUAAAGUAGCCUAGAGCUGUUUCAAACUGUUCAAGUCAGAAAGCAGUUCACAACAACAGGUAGAGUUUACAAAUUUUUAUUGGUUCCAACCAAUACCAGGCAAAGCAGUGUGGUAAAAAAACCUUGGCUUUUUUAAUGCUGUUCAUUCAAGUGUAACCCAUUAUUCUGCAAUCUUCCACCUAUUAAGACAGACAUAAGAACAAUUAUAAGGCACCAAACCAGCACAAGAAGCUUGCUGAACAACUCAGACCUUAGAUUUUCAUCUCUGUUCAGAGAGAGAGUUCAAGCUAAGGUUAUCAUCAUUUGUUCCAGCAAAUAAACUUUAUUAUUACUACAGUUACA